AUGGUUUCUCCGAACGGACAAAGAGCAGGAUCGGCCAAUUCGUGGGAGCUGGAGAGGGGUUCACGUCCGUCCAGUGAGAGACUGUCCUCGCAAGCUUCACCGUCGCGGUACAACCAGCACAGAACGAGUGGAAACAAUAAUAAUGGUGAGAAAGAGAAAAAGAGCGCUGGUUGAACUUUGUUUCAGGUGUUCAAGGAGGAAGUGGCGGUCGUCGUGAGUACGUCAACGGAUCGGCCGGUAUGAACGGACAAGGUUCGCACCUCAAUCAUACCGAGUACUCGGACGCCACGAGACAGCGUGGCCCCGGAGGCUCGGGCGGACGACACGAUUACCGUGACAGUCACGUUCCGACGUCUUCGCAAGAGAACCUAAAUCACGGAAGAAUGUAUGGAUACGGUGCUCCGCCGCCAUCCCGCGAGUCCCACACCGUUGCUGCUCCGAGAGUGAAAGGAGCCCUGGACUUCAGUCUUCUGCCGGCACUCGAGCACUUAUCCCGAACUCGGCAUGCAACUGCGGCGCUCGACCAACUGAGACACGUCUUCCGAGAGGUCGAGGACUCGUGUCCUGGAAUUUGCAACGAAUUGGUCGAGGAGCUGCUGAAGAGAAUCGCCGUUCCACAAGUAAGUUUCGCACUUGCUCUGCUUUCAUCUUCAUUCUCCGCUUGCAGGUUAGUCAAAGCGAUUUGGACGGAGCAAUCCGUCGACUGACAACUCCGCCGUCUUGA